AUGAAUUCGAUGUUUAGUUCCUUCGAUGCGUUCUGUGCCGACCUGUUGGGCCAGAGGAUGGUGAGGCCCUCUUUUCCUUCCAUGACUGAUCACACGCAGAAGAAGAAAAACAACAACAAUAAUCUGAACCAGUCUGGGGUCGUCGGGGAGGAGAAGGCUGCGGAUUAUGCGAAUUGCAAGAGAAGGGAACAAGGAGAUUCUUCUUCUUCUUCUCCUCCUUCGUCUUCUUCGGCGGUGAAGGGUCGGAGUGGGAGGGAGAUCAAGAAGGCACAGCCUCGGUUCGCGCUGGAGCUGGAUGGCCUGCACUGCUUCGAAACCCUCGUCUCUUAUUGA